GGCGCCGAUGAGGAGUGGGGACAGUUCCUCCAUCUCCCUGGCUUUAGAUUCUACGAUUUCAGUGAAAUUCGUAGAGAAAUUCAGGCUGAGACUGAGAGGGGAGCAGGAGCAAACAAAGGUGUUUCAGACAAAAAGAUUACCUUAAAAAUAUUCUCCCCAAACGUUCUGGAUAUCACUCUGGUUGAUUUGCCAGGCAUAACAAAGGUCCCUGUCGGGGAUCAGCCUUCUGACAUUGAAGACCAGAUCAGGAAAAUGAUACUGUCAUAUAUUGACAAUCCAAGCUGCUUGAUACUGGCUGUUACACCGGCUAAUUCUGACUUAGCUAAUUCAGAUGCCAUUCAGAUUGCUAGAAGUGCAGACCCUGAUGGGGAUCGAACCAUUGGUGAGAUUACAAAGUUAGACAUUAUGGACAGAGGCACAAAUGCUCGCAAUUUUUUGCUCGGGAAAGUAAUUCCACUUCGGCUCGGUUAUGUUGGGGUUGUAAAUCGUAGCCAAGAGGAUAUACUGAUGAAUAGAAGUAUAAAGGAUGCACUUGCUGCUGAGGAAGAGUUCUUUCAUAGACGUCCGAUUUAUAGUGAUCUUGCUGAUUGCUGUGGGGCAUCUCAGUUUGGAAAAAAGUUAAAUAAGAUUCUUGCACAACACAUCAAAACACGCCUUCCAGAGUUGAAGUCAUGUAUUAGUGCUGCACUUGCUUCUGUUGCUAAAGAACAAACUAGCUAUGGAUAUAUUGCUGAGGAAAAGGGUGAUAUGAAAAAACAACUCCUCAACAUUCUUUCGAAGUAUUCCAAAGCUUUUUUGUCAAUGAUAGAAGGAAGAAAUGACGAUGUGUUGACAUCAGAGAUCUAUGGUGGAGCAAGAAUCCAUUACAUUUUCCAGAACAUAUUUGUGAAGAGUCUUGAGGAGAUUGAUUCUUUUAAGGAUUUAACAGAUGAAAACAUACAUACUGCCAUUCAAAAUGCAGCAGGCCCUCAAUCUUCAUUGUAUGUGCUCGAAGUAUGUACUCGUAAUAAAUAAUGAACUGGCUUGAACUGUCUUUUGCAAUUAUAAUCUUAAUUUUUUGUUACUUAUCAUGCUACAUUUUUUUUCCAUCAUCUCCGAUGGAGUCAAAAUUUCACCAUUUUUGGCUUUGGGGUGUGAUGGAAUAAAUCAAAAUGGAUCUCUAAACUAUCUGCGCUUCUUUAAUUAAUGAAGUAGCAGUUAGUCAAACACUGCAACUUUCGAUGUUGAGCCGGGGGUCUCUUUGGA